AUGGCGUUCGACAAGUCGAAGAUCGCCGAGGACAUCACGGAGCUGAUUGGGGGCACGCCCAUGUGCAAGCUGCGCAAGGUGCAGGGGGACAAGUGCCAGGCGGAGAUCGUCGUCAAGCUCGAGUCCAUGGAGCCCUGCAACUCCGUCAAGGAUCGCAUCGGCCUGUCCAUGAUCGCCGAGGCCGAGAAGCGCGGCGACAUCGCGCCGGGCAAGACGACGCUCGUCGAGCCGACGUCCGGCAACACGGGCAUCGCGCUCGCCAUGGUCGCGGCGUCCAAGGGCUACGACAUCGUCCUGACCAUGCCCGAGUCCAUGUCCAUGGAGCGGCGAGUGCUUCUCAAGGCCUUCGGCGCGGACCUCGUGCUCACGCCCGCCGCCAAGGGCAUGGGCGGCGCCGUCAAGAAGGCCGAGGACCUCGUCGCGUCGAUGGGCGACAAGGGCUACCUGCUCCAGCAGUUCAACAACCCGGACAACCCGAAGGUCCACCGCGAGACGACGGGCCCGGAGAUCUGGGAGCAGACCGACGGCAACAUCGACGUGCUGCUCGGCGGCGUCGGCACGGGCGGCACGAUCACGGGCUCCGCCCAGUUCCUCAAGCCCCUCAAGCCGAGCCUCCAGGUCAUCGCCGUCGAGCCCGCCGAGUCCGCCGUCCUCACGGGCGGCGCGCCGGGGCCCCACAAGAUCCAGGGAAUCGGCGCGGGCUUCAUCCCGGGCAACGCGGACACGUCGCUCUUCGACGAGGUCGUCCAGAUCGCGUCCGGCGACGCCAUCGACAUGGCCCGCCGCAUGGCCAAGGAGGAGGGCAUCUUCUGCGGCAUCUCGUCCGGCGCGGCGGUCCUCGCGGCGAAGAUCGUCGGCGAGCGCGACGACAUGAAGGGCAAGCGCAUCGUCGUCAUCAUCCCCUCCUUCGGCGAGCGCUACCUCUCGACCAUGCUCUUCCAGAACCUCUGGGACGAGGCCCAGCUCAUGAAGGCCGAGUAG